GGACAAGAUUAUAAAGCCGGCGUGAGCGGCGUCUGCUCGCAAAGCGGUUAGUACACUCCAGGGCAUCGCGAUAAACUCUUUAUUUUCGUAACAUGACCACUCUACGGUGGGGCAUCAUCAGCGCGGGGAAGAUCUCGCACGAUUUCGUGACGGCACUGCGAUCCUUGCCGGUGAACGAGCAUGAUGCGGUCGCCGUUGCGGCACGGCAAUUGUCACGUGCGAAGGAUUUCGCGAAGUUGCACGAGAUCAAGAACGCCUAUGACGAUUAUGCGAAACUGGCUACGGACAAGGAUAUCGAUAUCGUGUAUAUCGGUGCGAUUCAUCCUCAACACUUCGACGUCGCGAUGCUGAUGCUGAAACAUGGCAAGCACGUCCUGUGCGAGAAGCCGUUGACGGUGAACUUGAAGCAGACCACCGAAUUGAUUAAUUACGCAAGGAGCAAGAAACUGUUCCUGAUGGAGGCUGUGUGGAGCCGCUGCUUCCCCGUGUACGACAUUAUCAGAAAGGAGAUUGCAUCUGGCAGCAUAGGCGACAUUCACCAAGUGAUCGUUUCCUUCGGUUUCCAAAUGCCCGACCUAGAUCGGAUAGCCUUGAAAGAGCUGGGCGGUGGCACGAUUCUCGAUCUCGGCAUUUAUUGCUUGCAAUUCGCUUGCCUGGUCUACGACAACGAGAUGCCGGAGAGCAUUAAGGCGACCGGGUUUUUGAACAAGAACGGCGUCGACAUGUCCAUGUCGGCUACCUUGACCUACAAGGGAAGUCGCACCGCGACUAUCAUGACGAGCGCGUUGGUCGAUCUGCCGAAUGAGGCGUACAUCUGCGGCACCAAGGGUACGAUAAAGGUGCCGGACUUUUGGUGCCCGCCGAAGGUGGUGCUGCCGAGCGGCACGAAGACGGUGCCGUUGCCGAAAUUAAAGCACGAGAUAAACUUCAUAAAUUCCGCCGGGCUUUCCUACGAAGCUGCCGAAGCUCGCGACUGCAUUCUGAAAGGUUUGAUAGAAAGUCCGAAGGUAUCGCACGACACAUCUUUGUUACUGGCAAAGCUGGAGGAUGAAUUGCGCAGACAGUUGGGCGUUGUAUACCCUCAAGAUUAAAAACCUAUACAUUUUACAAAUAAAAUACAUACUUAAUUUGUGCUACGAUGCAACGUAUGAUUGUAUCGCAGCACAAAAGAAAAGAUUUUCACACGUCUAAUCAUGAGUCUUAGAACUCUUAAAUUUAUGUUUUCUGUUACAAUGUGCAAUAAAUUUAUAGAUACUUUGUCAUA